GACAAACUGUUUCAGGUGCUUUUUGAUCCGCUGGGAUAUCUGCGGCGAUUUGAAAAUGUUACAGAUAUUUGCAAAGAUUUCUUUGAGACUCGUAAGAAAAAAUACAUAGAACGCAAAAAUUUCCAAGAAGGAUUAUUGCGAGCACAAAGCGAACGACUUUCAAACCAGGCAAGGUUUAUUUUGGCAAAAAUCAAAGGCGAGAUACUGAUUGAGAAUAAACGAAAAGCAACAAUCGUUGAGCAACUCAUCAAGAUGGGUUUCGAUCCGGAUCCUGUGAAAAAAUGGAAAGAGGAGCGGAGGAAGCGUGAGCUGAUGUUGCUUGGUGAAGUUGCGCAAGAUGAGGACGAAGAGAAGGAUGAAAAUGAGGAGGAGGAGGAAGGCGCCGAUGCGCAAGGAAAAGAGUUGACUAACAAAUUAAGCGAUUAUGAUUACUUGGUUGGUAUGGCAAUUUUGAAACUCUCUGAAGAGGAGAAAGACAAGCUGUUGCGCGAAAGCGAAGCAAAAUUGCACGAAUUACGGGUGAGACGAUUUUUUUGA